AUUGCAACAAGUGGACCCUAUCCCUUUAAAACGAGAAACUGGGGCAACAUUUUGAGCCUGAAUCCUCGAAUGAACAAUUGAAUGUAACUGCGAGGCAGCGCUUCAAAGGAUUGGUUUUGAAUUUCUGGAGUGUGUUUUUCGGGAACAGAAGUAUUUUUUGAAUUACAGAUGUUGGCUUAUGCUUUUCUAACUUGUAAUACAGUUGUGGCGAUGGUACUUACAACUUAAAGAGACAAUCGCGUAGAGAUCCGGAGUGUUCAGUGUCCAGUGUCAUGAAACUGAAUCCACAGCAAGCUCCUCUAUAUGGCGAAUGUCUCCUCACGGUGCAGCUGUGUGAUGAAGACCACUUUGAGGACGAGGAUGGCUUGGAGUUUUACCUGCUGUUCGCUGGCACUGCUCAGAGGCACCUCACCAGCACACACAGGGUUAACCCCGACACUCUCCAAGCCAUCUGUCCUGCCCAUGACUGCUGUGAGGAGGUGACAGUCACCCUCUGCUCCUCCACUCCGGGCCGGCCUGUGGGCUGCGUGGCGGAGCAGGGCUUCCACUUUGUUCAGGACGUGGCCUUCGAAGUGGCGCAGGUCCUGGUGAACUCCGCGGGCUGCACAGACGUUCUGGACAGCGCCAGGCUGCUGGAUGAGUUCCGGAUCCCUGCUGAGGAGCAAGAGAGGCUGGACGACAGAGUGACCCUGGCAUUGCAACACCUGCCCCUGCCCGAGGGCUGGAGUGUGCUGGGUCCAGAGGGGGGCUCCCACCAUGCGAUGCCCCCCCGGGAGACUCUGCUGCACUUCACAGCCAGGCGAGGGCUGCACAGGCUGGCCUGGUUCUUCCUGCAGCAGCCGGGAGGCAGAGCGGCACUCUCCCUCCCCAACACAGAGGGCGCCACCCCUGGCAGCCUGGCGCACGAUAGAGGCUACAGCCAGCUGCAACAGCUGUUCUCACAGGAGGAGGGUGCAGAUCUGGAGCCCUGGAUGGACGCAUCGAGGCCGAUCUUCUCGGGGGACUGCCUGGUGAAGCACCACCCACGGCUCAACACCUACACGCUCACCGUGGUCACGAAGCCCGGGAGCCAGCCCAGUGACGUGGAGCGCCACAUCGAGGAGCUGCGCGGGUUCAUGCAGCGGCAUUCGAAAGAGAAGGACACACCUCAAGCACCAUUUCAACUGCUGAAUCCUGCCAGGGAGUGCAGUGAUACACACACUGGGACUGCAGAAAUAGUGACUGAACAGUGCCUGCCUGAAGGCUUGACCCAGGAGCCCUCUGUGCUGAAUGGGCAGGAAUCAGAGCAGCUGAAAGCCAGUGAAGAAACCAAGCAGGUCUUCAGCACAGUCGCCUGUGAAAGGGGGAGAGAUCCAGCACAAAAUCCUGAAUCCUUGGAUUCUACUCUGAGCAAUGGCAAUACAGAGGACAGGGUGUGUCCCUAUGAAAACAACAUAAGCACAGAGAGAGGGGAAGAGGUUGAGGUGGGGACUGCAGCUGUGGCAGACUCUGGGAAUCCUGCAUAUAAAAGCGACUCUGAGCAGGGCCAGGCUGAUACAGAGAGCCUGUCUGUCAGCGGGCUGCCCUGCGGAAAACUUCAGGAGGAAACUGAUACUGCACCAGCCGCAAUCAGAGCGGGACAGGAGAGCCCAGGCAAGGCUGACAACGACAAGCAGGAAGGGGAGCAAGCCAGGCAGAGCAGAGCUGAGGCCGAGGCUGCAGAUAACACUGAACAUGUAGAAGGGAGGGAUUCUGUAGACAGGGAUAUGGGGCAGACACAGUCCCAGGAUCACAGAGACACGUCGGUCACUGCAGGGAUGAGUACUGGCCCACUGAAGGGGGAGGUGCUGGUUCAACCGAAAGGGCCUGACAACUGUGUGGAUGUGAGGGAUGUGGUUGUUGUUUUCGGAGAGAAGGAAAGCGAGGCAAUCAUUAGAGAAUCUCUGAAAGAGCUUGGCAGGGCUUGGGAGGACAAGGCUGAAAUCGAGGGCACGUGCUCAUGUGUUGUAGUGAGCUGUCCAGGUGAUGGAGAAGGAGAGGGGGAGUGUAAAUCUGAGAUGCACUGUGCUGGUCAAAAGGAGGAAACAGCUGGGUUGGAUUAUUCUAAAGAAAAAGUUUCUGCUGCUAGUGAGGUGAAUAAUGAGACGUCUGAGUCUGAAAGAGACACAAAUAGCAGCAGCCUGUUUGUGAACCCUGAGACCGAGCUGGGAAGUCCUUGCCAGGCCCACAGCAGGAGCAGAGACUCGACAGGCAGCUUAGUCUCCCACACCGCUGUGCUUCCAGAAGUGUUGUGUCCGAAGGAAUGUGACGGCCAAACACUGGAUGACAGCGGCACCGGGGGUUACAGUUCAUCAGAGUUUGUACCAGAAAUCAAUGAGCAGGUCAGCCUGAAGGAGCAGGAUCUGCCGUCAGACAAGGCUGAUACAUGGGACAGUCCUCUGGAAGUGGCAUUAAGUGAUCAGACAGAUGGACUUGGCCAGCAUCUCACAGUAAUAUUGGAAGAACCGCAGCCCACUCUUAUAGAAGCUGCUUCCUCUUUGUUUCAGGAUGUUGAAGUAGCAUUGGAGGCUGAGUCACAGACUGUGGGAGAAGUGCCUGAUGGAAAGCAAAAAGCCGAGUGCAUGCUGCCUGUUUUGGAAGAAGUGGUGUUGCCGCAUACAGAUUGCUCGGUUGUAGAAAGUUUGCCACUGCUGGGCCAAGAGCCUACUGAAAAUAUGAUGUUACCCCUGAAAGAGGAGGACAGCAAUGAGGAAUCAACACCACUGCCUUCGGAAACAACAGAUCAUGAAUUGGACCCAGGGAUUGCAACUGUGGAGUCCAUGUCUUUUACAGGCACCGAGGAGGGCGUGCCCUGCGAUUGUGCUGUGAAUGAAAGGGGUUCAGAUCUAGACCCUGGAGACUGUUGUGAAGGGAUGCAUACCUGGACAGAUAGAGAAUCAGAGAGUUCUGCUGGAUCCUGUGAGUGCAGCACACUGAUGCAAAGCCAGCAACCGCCCUGCGCAGAGUCAGAAGGAGACUCUGAUAGCAGGGAGCUCCACAAACAAGCAAGCACCCGGGAAGUGUCUGAGGGGCCAGAGCAGAGUGGCACACAGGCCCCAGCACCAUCUCCCUCCAGUUCAAGCAGAAGGCUGGUGGAGGGUGAAUUUUCAACGCUGCCAGAAGGAGGACCAGGUGAACCAGUGGCCUCCCUGAAGGAUAUCCCCAGGGAAGAGUCGGAUGGAGCCGAACACAACUGGGAAGCAGAAUCCCUACAGGAAGCCACCAGUAAAACCUGUGAGGCUACAGGAGCAGCAGAAUCAUUGGCCACCUCUUCUGCAGUCCAGGAAGGGGAGGUGCUUGAAGCACCUGAAUCAGAUGAACCAGCAGCAGUGGUUGAAAGUGGUGGCAGUGGAGCUGUGAGCAGUGAUGGAGCUCCACCAUUAGAAAGUGAUGGCAGUGGAGCUGUGAGCAGUGAUGGAGCUCCACCAUUAGAAAGUGAUGGCAGUGGAGCUGUGAGCAGUGAUGGAGCUCCACCAUUAGAAAGUGAUGGCAGUGGAGCUGUGAGCAGUGAUGGAGCUCCACCAUUAGAAAGUGAUGGCAGUGGAGCUGUGAGCAGUGAUGGAGCUCCACCAUUAGAAAGUGAUGGCAGUGGAGCUGUGAGCAGUGAUGGAGCUCCACCAUUAGAAAGUGAUGGCAGUGGAGCUGUGAGCAGUGAUGGAGCUCCACCAUUAGAAAGUGAUGGCAGUGGAGCUGUGAGCAGUGAUAAAGCUCCACCAUUUGAAAGUGGAGCAGGGGGCAUUGAUGGAGCUCCAUCCAUUGAAAAUGAUGACAGUGGAGCUGUGUGCAGUGAUGGAGCUCCACCAUUUGAAAGUGAUGGCAGUGGAACUGAGAGCAGUGAUAAAGCUCCACCAUUUGAAAGUAGAGCAGGGGGCAUUGAUGGAGCUCCAUCCAUUGAAAAUGAUGACAGUGGAGCUGUGAGCAGUGAUAAAGUUCCUUCCUCAGACCAGGGAAUUGGAGAGCCCUUGCCUUGUGAACCAGAGGCUAGAGAAGCAGGGGCGCUGACUGAUGGACAUUUGAGCUGUGGUGAAACCCCUGUUGGCAGUGGUACCCACAUCGACAAAGAGCCUGCAGGUGGAGCCUCUAUAGAACUGGGACAGACCGCAGAUAUCACUUCUGAUAAAGGAGCAGCUCUGGAACCUACGAUUUCAAAACAGGGUCCAGAGAGCAAGGACUGUAAUCCCACCCUAGCCCAGGAGAGCACCUCCUCUGUGGGGAGGGUUAGUGAUCCAGCUGGCCUUUCUGGAAGUGCUGGAGAUGUGAGUGUGGAGACUGGAGGAAAGGAUGCCUCUGACCUGACUGAGCCGAGCCUGGGCCGGGAGAGUGAGGAGGCUGUUGUGACAAGAGCGGAAGGGCAAGUGGAUUUCAGUACAGCGGGGGAGGAGGACACAGGAGACAGGACAAUGAUUCACAGGGAGAAAGAGAACUUGUACCCCAUUGAUUCGUGCACAGUACCUGGUCUCCUGGAGGAGAAGCAGAGUUCAGAUUCUGCAGAAUGCUGCCAGUCCUCCCAGGACCAGCUGUCUGUGGACAGUACCUCGUCCCCUGGGGUGUCUCCGGUCCGCAGGGAGCUGGGCAGCGAUGUGGACGUGUUUGAUGGCGCAGACUCUGGGGGUGACCAUGUCUUCAGCAAGCAGGGGGAUGAGAUCCUGGCAGCAGACAGCACCAGUGAGGUGUCCCUGUCAUGCUCCUCGACAGACGAGCCCCUGACCCCGGGCCCGCCCACCUCCACCCCAGAGCGCCGGUGCGAGAGCGAGGAAGAGGAGGAGGAGGAGGAGGAGGAGGACCGGCUCACCGAAGUGCCUGUGCGCUCCUCCAUCCGCUCGCUCUCUCCAUUCCGCCGGCACAGCUGGGGCCCUGGCAAGAACGCAGGGGCUGAGAGCGAGAUGAACCAGCGCAGCGUGCGAGUUGGGGGCGAUGUUGUAAAGAAGUCACCAAUUCAUAGGAGAAGUAUGAGCUGGUGUCCCUCCGACGCCCCAUUCAUUCCUGUCUCCGAUGACAUUAGUCACAGAAGUUACAGUCUGGAGGGUCUGGCGGCGGAGAGUGACCCGGAGAAGAACUCCCCAACGCUGGGCAGGGUCCCCUGCAGUGUCCCCCUAGUGGAGAGCGGGGAGGGGGGGUCCCUGGUGUCUCUGACUGAGGAAGAACAAGAGUCUGACCUGGUGGACGGCAGUAUUUCCGACAGCCAGAAAUCUGAUCUCCGUCCUCCACUGGUGUGCAGUUACUCUGCUUCUCACCCUCUCACUAAAUCUGUGUCUCUGCUGACCAUCAACCAGUCUGGACUGGACAGUUCGAGAGCCUCCAGCCGCACCUCCAACUCCCUCGCACACAGCAUCUGUGAAGAAGACCUCCCCCCCGGCCCCUUGAGAAAAGACUCGGAUGGUAAGAGUGGAACGAAAGUCAGUCGCACCUUCAGCUUCCUCAAGAGCAAGAUGUACACCAGCAAGAAGAGCCGGGAAAAGGAUAAAGAGAAGACAAAAGAGAAGGACAGCAAAGAGAAAGACAAAGACAAGAAAGCCCUGAAUGGACACAUGUUCAGCAAUGCAGCCUCUGGCCCCUCUGCCCAGUGCUACCAGUGUAGUAAAGCAGUGAACGCCAAGGAAGCCUACCUGUGCACCAGUUGCAGUGCAUGUGUUCACAAGGGGUGCAGAGACAGCCUUCCUGCCUGUGCCAAGGUCAAAAUGAAGAUUUCGCAGCAACAAAAACAUCAGUUUGCAGUGCCUGACAGCACCCCCUUCCCGCCAGUCACAAUGAGGAGUAGGUCCACCCUACCCAAAGAGCGCCCUCGCUCGGCUGUCCUGGUCCACAAUGACCACUCCACCUCCUUGUCCUUCAGCAGGAGGCACACAGGGAUCGCUGCCUUCAACACCAGCAACCUCGCCAAGAGCAUGUCCAUCAGCAACAUUGCCGUCUCCAUGUUUGAUGAGGUCCCGCUGAAAGCGUUGAGGUACCUGUCUCAGUCCACCGACUCGCUGCACAAACCCAACCAGGUCAAUGAGUCGACAGAGUCGCUCACUGACGAGGGAACAGAGAUGAUGGACAGUCAGCUGAUGGGGGAGUUUGAGGCGGAUGUCCGGGAGCUGGAGGCUGACUCCUGGAGCCUGACUGUGGACAAGAAGCUGGCGAAGCAGCUCAAGAAGGACAUGAUCAAACGACAGGAUGUCAUCUACGAGCUGAUGCAGACAGAGAUGCACCACGUGCGCACUCUGAAGAUCAUGGCUGAUGUGUACAGCAAGGGGCUGCUGAAGGAGCUGCAGAUGGAAGCACAGACCGUGGAGCGGAUGUUCCCUGUGCUCGACGACCUCCUGGACUUACACACACAGCUCUUCAGCAGCCUCCUGGAGAGGAAGAAACAGUCUCGACAGGAGCUGGGGGCCGAGGGCAGGGAAUGGGGCUUCGUUAUCCGGAGGAUUGGAGACAUCCUCGUCAACCAGUUCUCGGGCUCCAGUGCUGAGCGCAUGAAGAAAGUUUACGGCAAGUUCUGUGGCCGGCAUAGCGAGGCUGUGAACUAUUACAAGGAGCUGUAUGCCAAAGAGAAACGCUUCCAGGCAUUCAUCAGGAAAAAAAUGAGCAGCACAAUAGUCAGACGGCUAGGCAUUCCUGAAUGUAUAUUACUAGUGACACAGCGAAUAACCAAGUACCCCGUCCUACUGCAGAGGAUACUACAGCACACCAAAGAAAGCGAGGAGGACCACAGAGCCCUGACGCAGGCCCUGGUGCUGGUGAAGGAGGUGAUCUCUGCCGUGGACAACAAAGUGAAUGAGUACGAGAAGAAGAGGAAGCUCAAUGAGAUCUACAGCCGCUGCGACAGCAAGUCCAUCAUGAGGAUGAAGAGCGGACAGAUGUUCGCCCGGGAGGACCUGAAGCGCAGGAAGCUGCUGCACGACGGGCCUCUGCAGCUCAAGAACUCAGCCGGAAGACUCAAGGAUGUCCAGGCAUUGCUCCUUUCUGAUGUCUUUGUUUUCCUUCAAGAAAAGGAUCAGAAAUUCGUCUUUGCUUCAUUGGACCAGCGCUCCACAGUGAUCUCGCUGCAGAAGCUGAUCCUCCGAGAGGUGGCGAACGAGGAGAAGGGCCUGUUCCUGAUCACAGCAGGCAUCGAGAAGCCAGAGAUGGUGGAGGUCUACGCCAGCUCCAAAGAGGAGCGCAACACCUGGAUGCAGCUGAUUCAGGGCACCAUGCUCUCCAUGGAGAAGGAUGAUGAUGAUGAGGGGAUCCCCAGCGAAUCAGAAGAGGACAAGAGAGUCUUGGAGACAAAAGCACGGGAGAUGAGAGAGCAACUGCAGCAGAAAGACCAGCAAAUCGCUGCCCUGCUGGAGGAGAAGGGGAAGCUGUUCAAGGAGAUGUGUGACUGCGGGGGGCCGGACGAGGGAGCCCCCAGCAUGCUGACAAAGACUCUCUUCAGAGCCAGCCCUGACGACGUGGCCAAGGGGGAGCUGGUCAUGAAGGAUGCGCUGAAGGAAGUGGAGAUGUUGCAGACACUGGUGAAUGGGAGUCUAGGGGGCACUGUGGGGCAGCAGGUCUCCAGCAGUGUGGAAGCAGAGUGCAUUGUGGGACCCAUCUCUCUACCCAGAAGAGCAGAGACAUUCGGGGGCUUCGACAGUCACCAGAUGAACGCUUCCAAAGGCGGAGAGAAAGACGAGGGGGAGGAAUCUCCAGAUCUGCGCAGAACGGAGUCCGACAGUGUUUUGAAGAAGGGGGGGAAUGCCAACCUGCAGCUGCUGCUCAACAGAAACACAGAGCAAGUCCUCCAUAGCGUUAAACACCUCCAUGAACUGCUCUGCACUUUACAGGCCGUGGUGGUGCAGCAAGACACUGUCAUCGAGGACCAGCGCCUGGCUCUGAGCGAGCGAUCAGCCCCCCGCCCCUCCUCCCGGCCCAACUCCUUGAUCGAGCAGGAGAAGCAGCGCAGCUUGGAGAAGCAGCGGCAGGAGCUGGCCAACCUGCAGCGGCAGCAGGCAGCACACGCAGAGGAGCGGCGGCGCCGGGACAGGGAGAGGGAGGCGUUGGAGAGGGAGCUGGAGCAGAGGGAGGCACAGCUCAGCCAGAGAGAGGAGGAGACGCAGCGAGGGCGAGGGGAAGUGGAGCGGGAGAAGGAGGAACUGCGCUGCAGGAAAGAGGAGUACCAGAAGGACCUGGAGAGGCUGCUGCUUGGCCAGCGCCAGCUCGAGAGGGAGCGCGAGCAGAUCCGCAGGGAGUUAGAGAGGAUAGAGCAGAUCAAGCAGGACAAGGAAAUGGGACAGCACAGGUCGCCCUCUAGUGCCUCGGAGGACUCCAGGAAGUUUCACAGCACCACUUCUCUGGAGCGGGUCUCGUCUGAGACGGAACUGUCCUCGUCUCCCAAGAAGGAGCAGCUGGGGAGGACAGACUCCAAACAGAAAGGGAAGAGCUUGAACCCCUUUACCUUUAACCAGAGUCACAAAUCACAAGGGGGUGACGGGCAGAACCAGAUCCCCAAUCGCUUGCUACAGCUCGCCAAGUGCAAGGAGAAGAAGGAGAAGAAAAAGAAGGGUGGCAAAGGGCAGCCCAGCCAGCUGGCAGCUCCCCAGCACCCUCCCGUCUCCGAAGCUCCGGCUGAGGGAGAGGAGAUCUACUUCUGCUGAUGGCACUUUGUCCUCCACUAUCCCAUGGUGCUCUUCUCUUCAGGUUGUCUGCACAUCCAGGGCCUCUGCCAGCCAAAGCAGCUCGGCCCUCCUGCCAGUCUCACAGGACACUCUCUCCAGCAUGAUACAACUGUGCCAGCUUCCCAACCGUACACCACACUGGAGAAACCACAGAGACGAUCCCGUAGUUCAGAAAGGGCACCGAUGCAUCUUUUAAUCAGGGCUGUUUUUCCACAUGUUUAAGAUUUGAAAACAGGUGUCACUGUGCAGUGCAGUAAGUGCAAUUAGAAACUUGAAAGCAUGCCUUGCGUCUCGCACGAGGCAGAUACCGGACAACUUGAGAUGUUGCUUAUUUACUUUUGUUCUGUUUUAUAAUUCUAAUAUAAAGCCAUGUGGUUUCUUUUGGUGUGCAAUUUAAAAAAAAAAAAAAAAGCACAGGAAUUGAAAACUAAGUCUCUGAGGGCAGAGAACCGUGGAGUUGUACUUGCAGGUUAACUUGUGUAGUAACACAUACAAAGUUUAAGUUUCUUGUUUUUUUAGCAAUCAUCUCAAUCAAAUUUAACAUGGUUUGAUGCCGCAGAGCACUUUAAAAUGACACUCUAUUACAAGGUAAGCUACUACUUGCUUUAAAACAUAAAAGGACAAUCAGAUCUCUUCGUUUUUAUUUUUUUAUUACUUCUUUUUUAGGACCGACUUUUAAAGACCAGGAGAGUGGACUUGUAUUUGAUCACGUUCACUAGGGUUUGCCAAGCAGUACUGUAAGCAAUCGCCAGGGUGCUGCCAGCUGUCUACUGUAAUACAGCGCAUGUACCACUGGAGGGAGCCUGCGUACUUCAAUGUAUUGCUUUCUGUUCAUUCCAGUGUGUCUGAAUUGUGAAUGUUAGAGUGUAGAGACUGCAGUGUCAAUUAGUCGAGUCCCCAAUCACAAUAUGGUACUAGAAUAAUCUGAAAGUUCAGUACUGUAUUCCACAACCUCCCAUCCCCCAAGCUUGCAAUUUUAUAGAUUUUUUUUUUUUAAAAAACAUUUAUUUUUGGUUCUUCCUGCCUUUUCACGCUUAUUUGUUUUCCCACUGAGGGGCUAAAAACAAUAGGUAACAUUCUAUGCUAAUCAAAACUCAGAGAAGAAAAAAAACAAACAAAACAAAUGACCUGCUGGUCAGGUUUUUGGAUUUUGCGCAGUUAAUAAAGAACAACAUUGAAAAGUACUGGUAACUAAACAAGCGUUUGCAACGUUAACCAACAGGAAGGGCCCUGAGCGCGCCGCACAAACGACAGGGACGUUUCAUUUCAUUCUCUUUGCACUUGCUGUAGAUGCUGUACAAUGUCUGAUGACCUGGGUGUUGACAGCCAGCUCCCUUGUCCACAAGCACAAAGCUGACACUGGUGUGAUCGUCAGAUCGAGCAAACUGCCUGUUUUAUGUAAUGCUGCCCAGAAGGAAGUUAAAGGUGUGCAGCACUUCAGCCAAUAGGGCUGCAGUACCUUAUUGAAUUCACCAGAGGGCGCAAUGUGUAUUAGGAACAGGCUGCACCACCUAAUUUAGUUCACCAGAGGGCGUAGUAUGCAUUCAGUCCACCAGAUUGACUUGUGCUUCUUAAGCAUGCAAAAAAAGCCAAACAAAUACAAUAGAAAAAAUGAAUCCCAUCUUUGCACAAAAAUGAUGAAUUCUGAUCUGCUUUUUGUCCAGCAGCAUUCCCCACAACCCCAGGGAUCUUUCCUUGCUGUCCACCCAUCCCUGUCCCUUUCACCUGCUAGAGUAUAAAGCUCGGAUGGGGGGGUGAAAGCGAGCCCAGCUGACGUUUAGCUUCGUGGAGACUCUUGUGCUAAUGAUGAAUUGCACCAGCGUAUUCUCAAACAUCUUCUCAGGGGCUUUCAUAACAAGUGUCACACCUCUGAUCUGAACGAAAACAAACAAUUGCUUGUACUUCAGGUACAGUUAUAUUUUUCUUGCUGAAUUCUGUAAAAUAAAAAAGGGCAAAAGACAACUUAUGUAAAUGUAAUUAAUGUAAAAAUGUAAAAGUCUGCAUCAUUUUGUUUCGUGAAUCAGUUCAGCUUUUUGUAAUGAGUAUUUAUCUGCAUUUUUAUGGUGUAUAAAAAGAUGGAAAUUCAACUUGUUUCUCAUAAUAAAUAACUGUUAUUGUAA